AAGUAGGUCAACGGGACGACAAGGAGGGGGAAGUCUGAGCUAAGGAAAUUAAACAUUCGGCGGAACCAGUCGGUUUAUAUCUGGAAGCGGCGUUGACUUCGGGGAAGGCGAUCUGCCGAGGGGGCGCGGUGGCAGCCCUUUGGGCCCCUCCCCUCCUGCCUGGGUUUCUUCGCGGCCGCCGCCGGAUCCCGGCUCCGCCCCCCCCCGUCGCUGGGAGGGCUGGUCUGGGUCGUUGGCGCGCCCCCUUUGGGGUAAACGCUAGGCCUAGCUGGAAUCGGAGGGCUUCAAACAAAACUUCAGACAGGGAUCCUUGGGACCUGAUUACGAUGGAAACUGAAAGUGAGCAGAAUUCAAAUUCAGCCAGUGGCAGCUCAGGCUCUGGUGGAAGCACUCGCCCUCAGAUAUCGCAAAUGACACUCUAUGAGCGGCAGGCAGUGCAGGCCCUUCAAGCACUGCAGCGACAACCCAACGCAGCCCAAUACUUUCAUCAAUUUAUGCUUCAACAACAGCUCAACAGUGCUCAACUUCACAGCCUGGCUGCAGUCCAACAGGCCACAAUUGCAGCCAGCAGACAGGCAGGCUCUCCAAACUCAAGUUCCCCUCAGCAGACAGCCACCACACAGGCUUCAAUUAACCUGGCUACCACAUCAGCUGCACAGUUAAUCAGUCGCUCACAAAGUGUGAGUUCACCUGGUGCCACGACACUGACACAAUCGGUUCUUUUAGGGAACACCACUUCACCACCUCUUAACCAGUCACAAGCUCAAAUGUAUCUUCGGCCGCAGCUGGGGAACCUGUUGCAGGUAAACCGGACCUUGGGCCGCAAUGUACCUCUCACUUCCCAGCUCAUCUUGAUGCCAAAUGGGGCUGUAGCUGCUGUUCAGCAGGAAGCACCUUCCACUCAUGCUUCUGGGGUCCACACAGACACAGACCAGGUGCAGAAUUUAGCUAUCAGGAGCCAGCAGACUUCAGCAGCUAAUACACAACUCCAAGCUUCUACACCAAAGGCUACUUUGCCAGGGAAUUCCCAGUCUUCAGUACUACCCCAAGCUGCCCAUGCUGGCCAGACCUUGACAGUAACACAAGCAUCUUCUGGCAAUGUAGGCCAGUCACUCAAUCUCAGCCAAGGUGCAACAGGAAGUAAUGGCAUUUCUGGAGGUGUGGCCUCAUCAGUAGGGAAUCAUGCUACCACUGGAUUAAACCAGUCAACUUCAUCUGGCCUGGCAUCUAACUGCCAAAGGAAAGGCACUGGCGUGGUUCAGCCUUUACCAGUACCUUCUACUCCCCAGGCAGUAACUGUGAGUCAAGGAAGUCAGACAGAGGCAGACAGUGUGGCAGCAAAGAAGGCUGAAGGUGAUGGUAAUGGGCAACAGACUGUGGGCAUGAAUCUGACCAGGACAGCUACACCAGCUCCAAGCCAAACUUUGAUCAGUUCUGCCACGUAUACUCAAAUCCAGCCUCAUUCACUGAUCCAGCAACAGCAGCAAAUUCACCUCCAGAAGCAAGUGGUGAUCCAGCAACAAAUUGCUAUCCAUCACCAGCAGCCAUUCCAGCAUCGUCAGUCCCAACUCUUACACACUGCUACACAUCUCCAGCUGGCCCAGCAGCAGCAAGCUCCACCUGUGACCCAACAGCAGCAGGGGCCAACACAAGUUUCUCAACAGGCCCCAUCUCUUCAUGGCCAACAGCAAGCUCAGACUCUUGUUGUCCAGCCCAUUUUGCAGUCACAACCUCAGCCAGUGCAGGUCCAGCAGGACAGUCAUUGCCAGACAGUCACUAAGACCCCUGUCCCUAUUCAAUCAAAGCCUCCCAUAGCCCCUCUGAAACCCCCACAAAUUGGUGCUGCCAAAAUGUCAGCCUCCCAGCAGCCCCCACCUCAUAUACCAGUACAGUUGGUAGGAAAUCGUCAGCAAGGUUCAGCUCAGGCUCAGGCAUUAGGGCUUCCUCAGAUGAACACAGCUGUGCAGCCCCCCCGAGGUAUGCCAGCUGUAGUGCAGCCAGUAUCCCAAACCCAUACGGCAUCCUCAUUAGCACAGAUCUCUUCCUCUUCUUCUUCCUCUUCUUCUUCGGUAUCAUCAUCUCCACCACCACCUUCUCUACAAGAAGCCCUUCUUCCGGUCACUGCUGGAACCAAUGUGGCACAAGUACAGAGCACAGCGCAGGUGAAGAGCACUACUUCAUCUCCAAUCCUUACUCAAGCAGCAGCCACAGCAUAUUAUGUACAGCCGGUCCAGUUAUCAAGCAAGCCCCAGGCUUUGGCAGUCAAACGCAAGGCAGAAUCUGAAGAGGAGAGAGGGGAUUCUAGUAUAUCAUCUUUCCAGGCUGUCAGAUCCUCUCCUGUGGCUGAGACCCCCAAAAUCACAGAAGAUAAGGGUGGCCUUGGAGAGAAGUCUGACUCUUUCACCAGUGGUACUUUAAAUGCAUCCCCAAGUGACCCCAACUCUGCAAAUCCAACAAUUGCUUCUGUUCCUACACUGGCUGUGUUGUCACGUCAGACUGGAGAUUCCAAACCUCCACAAGCCAUUGUCAAGCCUCAGAUCCUUACACAUAUCAUAGAGGGCUUUGUCAUUCAAGAAGGGGCAGAGCCUUUCCCGGUGGGCUACUCUCAGUUCCUUAAAGACUUUGAAAAGCCUCUUCAAGGGGCUACUCCUUCUAGGCAGCCUGACAACCAACCCAGCAACUCUCCUGGAGACGAAAGCUUAGCAGUUGAUCAAGACAAGAAAGGAAACUUGCUGAAAUGUGAGUUCUGUGGCAAAUAUGGCCCUGCCAGUCAGUUCCGUGGUUCCAAGAGGUUCUGUUCUGUAACAUGUGCAAAGAGGUAUAAUGUGAGCUGCAGCCACCAACUACGUCUGCAAAGGAAAAAAAUAAAAGAGCUCCAAGAAGCAAACUAUGCUCGUCAUCGACGUGGACCCCGGCGCAACAGCUCUGAGAUUGCUCGAGCCAAAAUCCAGGGCAAGCGUCACCAGAAGCAGCUUUGGGGAGGCAAGCAUUUCACCACUUGGUAUAGCUACAGUAUAUAAUGAGGUGAGCCAAUGAUUAUGGAUCAGUAACUGAAAUUUCCACCUAAGAGUCUAUCCUGAAAAAUAAAAAAACAUUGGUCAACUAUGAUAAUCUCAUUCUUUUCUAUCAAGAGGACUAUCCAUCUAAGUGUUGUAUAUCUAUGUGGGAGAGGUUCAAUCAAGAGGGAAUCUAGCACAUGUGGGAGUUCACUGGGAAUAAGUUUCUCAUUUUGUCUUAUUUCUGCAUUCUUCUCUAUUUUUGUCUUAUUUCUGCACUCUUCUCUAUUUCCAUGAGUAGCUUUGUUUUUUGAACAGUGGCAUGCUUGAAAUAGAAAACAAGAUUGUUCUGAGAAAACAUCCACAUUCAGAAUAUUUUGUUGAAAUUUUCUGAGUUAGCUGUACUCAACUCAAUGCAAAUAAAUUUCAAAACAAUUCAAAUGUUGGGUUUUUUUAUUAAAACAAAAAAUAAACAUCUUUACUGUUCUAGACAUAGAAAACAAUGGGAAUUCGGGACAAGAGCCUUGCUUCCUUGUUUUCCACCUCUGGGCUGUAGAAUAGAUGAACAAGCAGAUCAUUUUUAUUGUUAUGAAUUCUAAGUUAACUUACAGAAAAAUUUUUAAAGGAGCUUAUGGAAAGCUUUCAUUAUAUUCUGUGGAAACUGUUCAAGAGCACUCAGGCAGUCUUUGCCUUUGAGGAAUAUCAAUUAAAUAAAAUUGUGCAGAGAUAGGCUGUGUUAUUUCUCAAAGCACAAAUACUGUAUACUAUAUCUCCCACAUCCAUUGACAUAAAUGUUUUUUUUCCAAAAGUGCAUUUUCCUUUUUCAAUACAGGUUGCCUAAGUCUUGCGGACAAUAAUAUGGAUUGCCCCUAAGUAUUUAUUUUGUAGAGUCAGCAGCAAAUUUAACUUUUUUGUGUGUGGCUAGCUGCUAAAAAAAGGUUGCAGCUCCAGGAAAGCAAAGAAAAACAACAACAUGUCUAAGAAUAAGGCCUCACUAAGGCAAUCAAAAGUUUUCCUGUCUGAGUGAUUUUUUUCUAAAUAUUCUAAAAUGUUCAACAACAUUUAUUCAAGAAAGGAAGAACCAUUUUAUCUUUGUUCAGUUAAAAUAGUCUUCUUAUAGAUGAAUCAGCAAAGGGAUAGAAAAAUCAGCAAAUAAAAAUGUAAAGAACACUAGACAUCAAAAAGUGCAAGCCAGUCAAACUCAGUAAAGAGCUAAUAAUGCACAAUGGUAAAGAGUGUAAACAAAACCAACAAACCUAAACACUAAACUGAAUUCCUCUGAUUUAACAAAUACAAUAAAUUAACAUCUAAACUAGAACAACAUGAUAAAGACUUCAAAGAUACAGGAAUAGGACAAUAAGAAUUUUCUCAGAACACAGAAACCAGAGCCAUGAAAUGGAUACAGAAAUAGGACUGAAUAGGAAAAAAAAUAAAAUUUAAAUGAAUAAAGAGGAAAGAGAUCAUUUUAAAAGGAAAUAGAACAUUUGCUUAAAUAUUUUGAUUUAGAUAUAGAUGAAUCAUUACAAAUUCAAGAAAUUUAUAGAAUAAACUAAUGUACAAAAAUAUAGCAUGUGAUAUAAUUAAAUCUACAUACUUUUAAGAGAAAGGGUCAAUUUAAAGGAAUACAUUGUAUUAAAACUUGGAGACAAAAUAACGGAGAUUUUACCAGAUAUAGAGAUUUCAGAUUUCUGACAUCUUCUUCCAAGAAACAAAGUUCAAAUAUGGGUAGGCUAUCCCAUUUUGUUGGAGGCAGUCAUGAAUAGUAGCCUUUGCAUAUACUAAUAGAAUAUUUAAUAUAAGAUUGUCAUUCACAGCAACAGAAUAGGCUACAAAAGAUCCAGAAUAGACACCAGAUCAAAAAGUGGAUCAAUUAGCAAUUUCUUUCACAAAUGGAAUUGAUAACUGACAUAAUAGAUCACAACAAAAUUUUCAAGAAGUAUUAAUAAAAUUACAGAACUGCAGAAUAACAGAUUUGGAAGGAACCUUGGAUGUCUUCUAAUCCAACCCCUGCUCUCUUCUUAAAAACCUCUAGUAAUGGAGCACCAACAAUUUCUGGAGGCAAGCCACUGAUUAAUUGUUCUCAGGCUGGUUCUUGGGUGAUGUGCUCCCCAGUUUUGAACAGGAGCAACUAGGACUGACCCAAGACAAUCCUUGAAUGACUGUGUUCCUACCUGGGGAUAGGACUCACGAUGGAUGCAAUUCUUGGCAGGAGUGGCCAGAGCACAUCGUGGUUUUAGCUGCACAUUUUGAAAUUUAUGUUUUCUUUUUGAGUUUCAUCUUCACCUGUUAAUUAAUUGGUUGAAUGCUUAACAGAAUAACAGUUUGGAAAGGACCUUGGAGAUCUUCUAGUCCAACCCCCUGGACAAGCUGGAGACCCAAUACCAUUCUGAACAAAUGGCUAUCUAAUCUCUUCUUAAAAAUC